GAAGAAGUCAGCGUUCCAGCAAAGCCGUUACUGAAGAAGAGCCCGAUUUCUGUUUUCACGGGAUGGAGAACAUUGGGGACAAUGACGUGUUUUCUACAGGCACUGUCAACAAAGACAAAUAUUCUCCUGAAGGUGAAGCAGAAGCAGAAGCAGAAGGAGAAGACGAAUCAACAGCACUCACUCGGUCUCGUCUGUAUUUGGCGGGUUUUGGGAUUUUUGGUGCUCUGGUCGCUGGAACAAUUAUCUACAUGAGUAUAAAGAUGGCCAUCCAAAGGGAAAAUAUCAAUGCUCUUAGAGCAGAAAGAAAGAUACUGAUUAAGGAAAGAACGAUGGCAGAGCUCCAGGAGCUGAACCAAGACAAAGAAAAAGAACCAGGGUGUUACAGCUGCCUGGAUAACUGGAUUCUCUUCAAUAAAAAAUACAUGUUUUACGACAAACCAGCUCCAUGGAAGACCUGGGAACAAAGUCGAAGGUUUUGUCAGAGAAAUAGUUCAGAUUUGGUUGUAAUUGAUGAUCUGGAGGAGCAGGAAUUUGUCAGCAAACACAUCAAGUACUACCACAGUAAACAACAUGGAUACUGGAUGGGAUUACAAAAUGUUAACAACACCUGGACCUGGCUUGAUGGACGAAGAGACAAUCUUGGGUUCUGGGCGAAGGACGUCCCCUAUUCUCCAGGAUCAAAAGUUUGCGUUCUCCCAGAAAGAAAUCCCUCCAACAGCUGGAAACAAGGAAUGACUGGCUUUCUGAACAAAUUCAUCUGUACUCCGGCUUCCUCCCACAGGCCAAGAGGAAGGUCAUCAAAGGUCAACCGGCCCCCCAUCUUCUGCAAGUCAGACAAAAUGGGUGUCAGACGAGUACAACGCCCACUUCACCGCAGACGCUGCGCCGAUCCGUCUGUCGACCUCCCUGGUGAACAAGAUUUCGAGAUACUUUGACUCCUCCCCUCAGGGCAGGACAUCCUCCUCGACCCGGAGAAGGCACUCUACUCUUUUCUGGCUCAUUAUUUAUGCAUUGAUUUAUAUCGCUAUACAUUUUUAUUUUAUUUGUUGAGAAGAUAAAAGAACAAACCUUGAACACAUUGAUCAAC